GCCAACAGGUCCUUAGAGGAUUCCAGAUGUGUUCACUAAUGGAGAGAAUGUUUUGCCUCUGCUGAAGGGUGAAAGUACCUGUCUGGAUAAGGGGCUGUCGUCAGUCACCAAGAACAAUGGACUACUCAAUAUCACCUUUAAAUACGACAACUGCACACCUUAUCUGAAUUCGGUGGGGAAACACGUGAUAGGAGAUGUGCAGAACAUAACCCUCAGUCAGCAAGCGUGUUAUGAACAGGUUGCAGUGACGAUACUUUGGACAGCAAAUGCCAUCGGGAUUGAAUACCUGAAAGGAUUUCGAGUGAUACUUGAGGAGUUAAAAUCAGAAGGAAGACAAUGCCAGCAGAUUCUUUUAAAAGAUCCAAAGCAGCUCAGCCCCAAUUUCAAACGAACAGGAAUGGAAUCCCAGCCCUUUGUAAAUCUGAAGUUUGAAACAGAUUACUUUAUAAAGAUUGUUCCUUUUCCAUCCAUUAAAAACGAAAGUAAUUAUCACCCGUUUUUCUUCCGGACUAGACCAUGUGAAUUGUUGCUACAGCCAGAAAACCUUGUCUGCAAACCUUACUGGAAGCCAAGGAAUCUGAAUGUUACCCAGCAAGGUUUUAACAUGCAAGUGUCCUUUGAUCAUGCACCUCACAACUUCGGGUUUAGGUACUACUUUCUUCACUACAAACUGAAGCAUGAAGGGCCAUUUAAGCAAAAGGCCUGCAAACAGGAACAAAACACAGAUACUACAAGUUGUGUUCUUCAGAAUGUAUCUCCAGGGGACUAUAUAAUUGAGCUGGUUGAUGACACUAAUACAACAAGGAAAACAAUGCACUAUGCGCUAAAACCAGUACAUUCUCCGUGGGCUGGACCAAUAAGAGCUAUUGCCAUCACAGUGCCUUUAGUUGUCAUUUCAGCAUUUGCAACACUUUUCACAGUGAUGUGCCGCAAGAAACAGCAAGAAAAUAUAUAUUCCCAUUUAGAUGAGGAGAGCUCAGAAUCUUCAGCAUAUGCUGCAGGUCUCCAUGUGGAAAGACUUCGUCCCCGACCAAAAGUAUUCAUCUGCUAUUCCAAUAAAGAUUGCCAGAAACACAUAAAUGUCAUCCAGUGCUUUGCUUAUUUUCUUCAGGACUUUUGUGGCUGUGAGGUGGCUCUAGAUUUGUGGGAAGAUCUAAAAAUUUGCAAAGAAGGUCAGAAAGAGUGGCUUAUUAAAACAAUAAAUGAGUCCCAGUUUAUCAUCAUUGUGUGUUCCAAGGGAAUGAAAUACUUUGUUGAAAAGAAGAACUGGAAACACAGAGGUGUAACCAAAGAUGCAGGGAAAGGAGAACUCUUCCUGUUUGCUGUGCUGACUGUUGCAGAGAAGCUUCGCCAAGCAAAGCAGAAUUCAAAUGACCUCUGCAAGUUCAUUGCAGUCUACUUUGAUUACUCCUGUGAAGGAGACAUCCCCAGUAUUCUGGAUCUAAGUACAAAAUACAAACUCAUGGACAAUCUCCCUCAGCUGUAUUCACAUUUACACUCCAGAGAUCUUAGUGUGCAGGAUUCAGAGGUGUUUCCUGUUAACAUUAGUAAAAGGAAUUAUUUCAGGAGCAAAUCUGGGAGGUCACUUUAUGUCGCCAUUUGCAGUAUGCAUCAGUUCAUUGAUCAGGAACCAGAUUGGUUUGAGAAACAAUUUAUUCCUUUUCCUCCACCUUCUUUACAUUACUCAGAGCCUGCAAUGGAAAAAUUUGAUUCGGGUUUAGUUUUAAAUGACUUGGUGAAUAAACAAGUGAUGGAUGGUGAAUUUUACCUGAAAACAGAUGUAAAUAUUACUUCAGCAGGGAAUUCAGACUCUCACUGUGUAAUUCAGCACUUAAACCUUGGAGAAGAUAUAGAAACUGAGGACACUCAAGGUAGUGGCAGCUCUGUUCUUCAGCCAUUGUUACAUGUUGUUAAAGCUUCAAAUCUAAAAGAUAUGCCUCGAGAUUCCGGAAUCUAUGAUUCGUCUGUUCCUUCGUCUGAAUUAUCUCUGCCUUUAAUGGAAGGACUAUUGACAGACCAAACUGAAACAUCUUCCAUUACAGGAAGUGUUUCUUCAUCAUCAGGUUUAGGGGAAGAAGAACCUCCUGUAAUUACUGCUACAAAAUUCUUAGUGCCUGGAAUCUGUAAAGCAGAACUUCAUUGCUAUAUCCAUACUGAUGAACUGCAGGCAAUUGCUCCUUUAUAACACAUGACAACAUGGUUAUGCAUUGCCACUUUAUCAGCAGCCUCUGUGCUUCACCUACCACACUGUCUCAGCACUAAAUCUACUUGAAGGAACAAAUCCUUCCUGAAGAAGAUGAUCAUUUAUUCCUAAUGGAUUUUUUUUAUGGCCAGUAAACUUAAAUCUGUUAGUCUUUAAUGCCUUUCAUUAUUUGAAAAACACAGCAUGGAAAAAUAGAUGAGAAUACAUUUCAGAAUUAUUCCUAAUUUAAAUGUCAUGGUAUUACACUGUUCAGAGACACCAUGAUAAAAAUUCAAUUUUUUUGCUAGAAAUAAUAUUACAACUGGACAUAAAGUAGCUUGGAACGUUAAAUCUUAGUAGAUUUUGUAGUCCAGCCUCUAGUUCUAAGUGCUGACAUACUUGAUGGCAGGAGUGUUAUAGUGAAUGAGAGCAGGAUUUUUUUUCAGAAGUAGGAUAAAAUGCCAAAGGUCAGAUGAAGAAAUUCUCUGUAAGAAUAAAUAAUUUUCUUUAGAAAUGUCUGAGCUCCUUUUCUCACAAUCUUCUCUCUUGCCCAACUGUUAAUGUGUCUCAGUGUUUAAUUUCAGAUAAAUGCAUGUCUCCCUCUUCUGUGUGACUCUCCUAUCUCUUCCCCACAAUCUGGCCACAGUGACUCACAAAUAGCACCAUACUGGUUCUGAAGUCCUUUUGUAAUAGACAAAAAUAUAGAUCCUACAUAUGCUGAGUGAUACCAUGGAAACAAAGUUUCCUGUUAUCUUCCUGGAAGGGGUAGUAUAAAGAAUACUUUUAAAGAGAUGGGGGAAGGAGGACCAAAUUUUGUGUUUAAGACAUCAUUCUGGAUUUGUUGAGCCAUGAAAUUAAUAUGCUUCAUGGAGGAUUUUUUGUUACUUUUCAAGGAUACGCUGCUACAAAAUCACCUGGGAUAAAACAAGUUAAUAGAAGCUGUUAACACAGGCAUGAAUACUUUUUGCCUUGAGCCAACCAGUAAACAGAAGCCUCUGAGUUGUUUUGCAGUUAUUUUUCACUCUACUUAUCAUUACUUAGUGAUUAAAAUAGUAUACUAUUACUAGUGAUAUAUUAAGAAAAACAUGCUAAAACUAAAAUGACAUGCUUAUCUAAAGACAUGGAGCAUGCUUGUCCUUUCUGUUGCAGUGGCCAGGUAGGUUUGCCCACCUCCAAAAUAUCCCUGCUGUUCCCAGAGAGCAGCUUUUCCUAAGUAGAACCUAUCUGUGUUAACUGCAAUUUUAGGCAUAAUUACAGUAAGUAUGAAAAAAGCAAAGAGGCAAGAACACCUCAUCAAUGUAUCUUUGCUAAUUUUGCUCAUGGAGUCAGAUUCUGUCUUGUUUAACCUGUCUUCAUGUUCCAUUAAUAGGAGGUUACUUUAGGAAUACAUGAAGGGAGGACUCAAAACACCUCAAAUAUUCUCUCAAUUUUGAUAGAUGAGAAUUAGACAUUGUUAAGAUUGUUAAGUGUUAUAUUUUAUUAUCCAUGUUAAUAGCUUGAGACAGAACUGAUGAUGGUUUGGCUGAGUACCUUUAAAGCUCUUGGUUGUUUUUUUUUUUGUCAGUUUCAUAGAAUCAUAGAAUGAAUGGUUGGGUUGGAAGGGACCUUAAAGAUCAUCUAGUUCCAAUGCCCCUACCAUAGGCAAGGACAGCUCCCACUAGACCAGGUUGCUCAAAGCUAACAUUUAAUAAUUUGAAUUAAAAAAAAAAACAAAAACAAAAAACAAAACACACCCUCAGAAUUAUUGUCAUAGAUGGAAUAAAAAAGUGAGCAUAGCCAUUGAUGGCAGAACUCUGGCAUGCUUUGCAACUGUAAUAUGGAAUUCUGUGAUCAACUAGAUGUGUCUCAGAGUUGUACAGCCUUGUCCAUUAAUGUAGUUACUCUUUCUGGUUUCUGAAUGUGGAAGAACACUAACUGGAAAACUUUAUACUUGCAAUAACUACAUAAGUUAUAGGUAGUUUUAAGUAUGUAGUGAAUCAUCUGCACCUUCAAAAUAGACUUUUUUUAUGCUGUACUCAUGGCAAAGUUCUUUGUGCUUUCCCAUUCUUUGAAGUAAAAAAAUACCUGGGUCAGACUAGAGGUAAAUGCUCCUUCACUAAAUCCAGCAGUGAAGGUUUUUGUUUCAGUGCAAUUCUUGCUGUUUUACUAGUGAAAGUGUUCAGGUUGAUAAGGCACAGGCAGAAAGGUGACAAAAUUUGUGUGCUGAAGAGCUGGUCAAAGCUGCAAAGCAUGAGGAUGUGAAGCUGGUGAUGGUAAUGCUGUUUUCCUCUGUGGAAAGUUGCAGCUCACAUAUAUUUUUGGUUUAUGAUAGACUAAAGAUUGGGAAGAUUUCCUGGUUCUGCUCAAUUCAGUAGCAGAAUUGGUAUUACUUAAUGGAAUUAGGUUUUCAUUUUGAUCUCUUAAGAAAGCUCUGUUUUGAAAACAGAUGAAGGCAGCUGCACAAAGAAUCAGUUGUCAUUAAUACUUUUAUUUUUGUUUUCUCAUAAUUUGCUGUACAGCACUGCACAUCUUCUUUUUAAAAAUGAUAUAAGGAUUGUGCAGAUGCCAAUCAAAUCUGUUGAGAGGGGAGGAGGAAAGAGUUCCCUCAUUCCUUCUUAGCAAAAGGUGGAAACAGCAUAUUGUAUGUCCUCAGAAGAAAGAAAAUAUAAUUAACAGAAAAUUUAGAGUAGGAAAAGCCCGAACUUAAAAUAUACAAAAUUGAGAAAAGUAAUACUUAAUCUGAUUUAGUGUAAUUUUUUUGCAAAGCCACAGUGCUUUAAAAAAUUAGAAAAAUAUUGUGUAUAUUGAGAUGCUGGAAGGACAUAGCUCUGAAUUUGCAAGAAUUCUGUAUUUUCCCUCCAAUGAGAAUUAGACCAAACAUCCUGGUAAAAUAAAUAAAUAAAUACACAUAUUAGAGGUUAGCUUACUACUUUUUUCAAGCAUUAGUGAACUCUAAACAGUGUAUUAAUGGUGAAAGGAUCCCUUUAAUUUCUACUAGACUCAAGUGUGUGGAUACUGAGUGUUUUUAAAUGUAUUUUCUGCGAGGGUGGAAAAAACAUUAGGAAGCUGAGGGUUCAAGAUCUGGCAGCGUGUUCAACAUUUUGAAUGAUAAGUAUAGUUGUUUUCAUAAUUUGUACCUGUACAUAAACACAUCAACUGUUGAAAACACAAUGCAGCUGAUACUUACCCAAAUAAAUGUUUAUGGUACUAUAAUUUACAAGUAUAAAAA